AUGCUGUACAUCGUUUCGGCCCCCGACGAGUACCUCGCCAUCACCGGCAUGAGCAUCCGCACCGUCAAGAUCACAAAGGCCGCCUGGGUCUGGCCCUUCCAGCGCGUCAGCCGCUUCUCGGUCCAGCCGCACGACUACGCCAUGGACCUCCAGGCCAUGACCAAGGAGAAGCUGCAGUUCUCGCUGCCCGUCGUCUUCACCGUCGGCCCGGACGUCAACCAGCGCGGCGCCAACGCGGGGCUCGCCGCCGCCGCUUCCGACGUCGCCGACGCCGGCCUCGCCCGCCCCGGCAGCUCCGCUGGCGGCCUCCGCGAGGACCGCGGCGACGCCCUCCUCAAGUACGCCAUGCUGCUCGCCCAGUCCGACUCGCCCUCGGCCGGCAGCAAGGGUGAGCAGCGCGCCCACGUGGCGGGCAUCGUCAAGGGCAUCAUCGAGGGCGAGACGCGCGUCCUCGUCUCGAGCAUGACCAUGGAGGAGAUCUUCAGCGAGCGCGAGGUCUUCAAGAAGCGCAUCUUCCGCAACAUCCAGUCCGAGCUCGACCAGUUCGGCCUCAAGAUCUACAACGCCAACGUCAAGGAGCUCAAGGACGCGCCCAACUCGGUCUACUUCGAGUCCCUCUCGCGCAAGGCCCACGAGGGCGCCACCAACCAGGCGCGCAUCGACGUCGCCGACGCCCAGCUCAAGGGCAACGUCGGCGAGGCCCAGCGCAAGGGCGAGCAGGACCGCGAGAUCGCCAAGAUCAACGCCGAGACGGCCGUGCAGAAGACGGAGCGCGACAUUGAGCGCUCCCAGGCCGAGGCGCGCCUCAACACGAGGCAGACGGCCCUGACGCGCGACGUCGACAUUGCCCGCAUCGAGGCCCAGCGCGCCCUCGAGUCCAAGGACGAGGACCUCAAGAAGGAGGUCGAGACGAAGCGCGCCGCCGCCGAGAUGGAACGCCUGCGCGCCCGCGAUGUCGUCAAGGCCACCAUCGCCAAGGAGAGCCGGGAGCAGGCCGCCCUCGGCGCCGCCUACGAGGUCACGGCCGACGCCCAGGCCCACCAGGAGGCCAAGCAGCGCCAGGCCGACGCCGACGCCUACGCCGCCCGCGUCGACGCCGACGCCGCCGCCUACAAGGCGCGCAUCGACGCCGACGCCGCCGCCUACGCGACCCAGCAGGCCGCCGAGGCCGAGAUUGUCCGCAAGGUCAAGGAGUCGGAGGGUGUCAGCGCCAUGGCCGACGCCUACGCGAAGCUGUCGUCUGCCCUCGGCGGCCCGGCCGGCCUGCUGCAGUACAUGAUGAUCGAAAAGGGCACCUACGUCGAGCUGGCCAAGGCCAACGCCGCCGCCGUCCGGGGCAUGGAGCCCAAGAUUUCCGUCUGGAACACGGGCAGCGGCGGCGGCGGCGGCGGCGGGAACGGGGAUCCGACCGAGGCCAUGCGAAACAUUUACCAGAUGCUCCCUCCGCUCAUGACCACCAUCAAUGAGCAGACGGGCAUCACGCUGCCCGAGUGGCAGUUUGGCCGCAUGAACGCGCAGAUGCAGGCCGUGAACCAAGAUGCCGGUGCCGCCGACAGGACGAAGUGA